AGCUGAUUAAAAACAAUUGAAUUCCUUUUGCUUUUCACGAACACAAAGGAAGCGACGCCGCCGCACUGUAGUUGAGGUUUUCUUUCUGUGCCGCUUUUUUUUUUGUUUACUAUGAUUUACACAAAUGUAAACGCUUUUAAAAUUUUCCAUCCAUACUCGUUUAACGCGCGUGCAUUAAUUUAAUUUUUUGUCUACAUAUAGUAUAUUUUUUGUUGUUAAAACCUCACACCAAAAAAUCACUAGCUACAUAUGUACGUACAAAAACAACAACAAAAAUAAGAGCAACCCAGCACAAACAGCACACACAGACAUAAGCAUAUAGACGGCAUCAAAACCACAAGAAAAAAUACUUAUCUUUGCCACAAUUACCACCAACAAAGUUGAACAAACUGAAAAAACGCAAAGACACCAACGAAACCCUUUCCAGUGCAGCAACAGCUAGAAAAAUGGCCAAGAUGUACGGAAAGGGUAAGACUGCCAUUGAAUCAGAGGAACAACAAAAGCGACGUUGGCUAAUUGAGCUGGAAUUUGUGCAGUGCCUAUCGAAUCCCAAUUAUUUAAACUUUCUUGCUCAGCGUGGCUACUUCAAGGAUCCAUCUUUUAUCAAUUAUCUUAAGUAUUUGCAGUAUUGGAAAGAGCCGGAAUAUGCGAAAUAUUUAAUGUACCCUAUGUGCUUGUAUUUUCUCGAUUUGCUGCAAUAUGAACACUUUCGGCGUGAAAUUGUGAACUCGCAGUGUUGUAAAUUUAUUGACGAGCAAGCAAUUUUACAAUGGCAACAUUACACCCGUAAAAGAAUUAAAAUGAUGAACUCGGUUGGUGAAAAUGCGGCCGCUGCAGCAGCGCUGCAGCAGAGCAAUGGAGGCAUUCCUGUGCCUUCCCAAGAAGCAGCUACCGCCACGGGCACAGAAGCAGCAAAUCCUCAACAGCAACAACAGCAGCAGCAAACAUCAGCACUGCCUACAAGUGCUCUGCAAAAUGGAGCUGCAAAUGUAACGCAGACGCAAGUGAGCGGAGGUCAACAGCAGCAGACAACGCAGAGAGAUCAAGCACAAACAGCUUCUGCUCAACAGCAACAAAUCAAUGGCCUGGCAGCACCAGGCAGCAUGAAACUAGAUUAAAAUUAGGCAAAUAUUUAAAAAACUACAAAAACGGGCAAUAAAAUCCGUAAUUGUACUACGCUA